CGUGUACAGUGAAGCCGCGGCAAUGCUAGGCCAGCUGUACAAUCCCAAGGGAUGUGAGGCGAGUGCGCAGACACACGAUGACGCACUUAUUGCAAGGGAGACAGCAUGUCCAAAUGGUAUACCCAGCGCAAUCUCCGCUACAGGCAGCGAGACCAAUGGUGUGCAUAGACCCGUAUCGGGGCCUAUUCCUAGCUCUUCACCGGACAAUUUGCGAUUUCAAGAGCUGUAUGGUGGUGAUGAUAGAGCGAACAUGACGCCUGGUAUGCAAACACACCACACUCAGAGUAAGGCACAAAUAAUAGAGACUAUGGCGGCCAUUGAUCAUAAUCGCAACAGAUACAACAACGGAGCCGGAAGCGACGACAGGAAUGGCAUGAGGAGUGUGGGCGUGAGUAGUGCCACAAAUAUACCUCUGCCACCCACCUACAACAGACCACCAUACACCCAACAACCACUCCUACAACAACACCCGCGGCAGCCACAACAGCAACAACACCCGCGUCAGCCACAGCAGCAACAAUUUACUUACGCACCCCCGGACAGCAGUACUAUCAUGCCAGGGCCAUACAUACACACGCGUGCAUACCCACCACCUGAUACCCCAUAUUUCGGACAUGCGCUAUUGCCGCAUCCGCAGUAUAACACGUACACCGCACCACAGGCUUAUGCUCAGUCGCCGGUGGUGAUGGUAGGGCAGCAUGCAGGACCUCCUUACACGUACUUACACCCAAAUGGGGUACCAAACAACGGGUCUUGGCAGAACGCGCACAUACACGCGCCAGCGCAAGCACAGCAACACACACCGACGCACGCAUACGCUCAAGAUCAAGGCGAUGUACAACGACAUGCACAUGCUCAAGCACAGGCUGAUGCACAACUCAAUGCCGCUGCACGCACUACAUUGAGAUCAGAGUCACAAUCGAGAUUACGGGCCGGUUUUCAGCCUGAAACUGUCGAACGUAGCCAUGUGCACGUGAAGGUCAGUGAAGUACAUAAAACACUCGGGGAUUUUCUACCCGAACAUGUGUUGAAGGAUACUAAGGACGAGGACGCUUGUGUACCUGCGGAUCUCAAGGAUAUGGAGAGGCACAGGGAUAGCCGGAGGAUUGAUACAGGCUCAUCUGUCACCGGGGAUGUGGAUACAGGUAUCGCCGCGAGUGUCAUCAGCACGGCCGGGAAUGAUGUAGGCAAGGGCUAUGAUAAAACUGCGUUGAGGGGUGCGAGGCCGUACACAAUAGGAAGCAGCAAGAUCGGGCUCCCCAGUAGGAACACGGCGGUGUGGAAACAGCACAUGACGGAGGGGAUUAGCACCUUGCUACCGGAUAUAGUGCUGCCAUCGGACAGUCGUGACCUGCCAGGAGUGCGGGUGUGCGGCGAUCUCAACUUUGGCACAUUCAAUGUGGUGCCGGAUGCCGAUACAGAUACAGAUACCGCUAAACACGUUGCCGAUGGCAUCGGCAGUGUGACUAAACAGAAAAAUGGGAAAGGUGCCACAUUAUCAUCGACAGUAGAAUCCAAUCCAAAGUUGGAUUGGAAAUCCGGUGCUGGGAGAGGAAAAAGGAGUCCAAUGGUGCAUGUACGUGAUGACAUGGAUUCAACAAGGCAAGAGGGCAGGGCCAACGGAGUAAACCGGGAUCAAAACGGGAUGCAGUGCGCCAAAGAGAAUCGAGUGGUGUCGAUUGAAAACGCAACGGAUAGCAAGAUUUAUUUAGCCGAUAUAGUAUUCACACCGCCGUGCAGUGUGUUUGUUGUGACGGAUACAAAUGCGCUGCAGUGGGUGAAGCCUGCAAAGGACUUUGCCGACAGCGUCGGUAGUAGCUGCCUAGUAAUACCUCCACACUCAUCCUAUGACUUCUUGGUAGGAUGCCUCCCGGGCGGGGAUGUGGGCAUCUAUCAGCAGUAUAUCGUGAUUGCCCUGGUGGUCGGCGAUACUACCGCAGAGCAGCCGACGAUUGAGUACCUCGGGAGUAAAACCACGUGCAUGAUGCAGCAUGCCGAUGAUGUGGCGUUGCUGGAUGCGGAUGCCAUGCCGUUCUUUCCCUUGUGGAUGACCACACUGUUUGACACCCAGGCUAAUUUGGUAGUGGGUCCUACACUGCCACUACCAAUACCACGGUGCAUGACCACAAAGACCACUGCGAUGGUCGCGCGAGAGAUGCACCGGACAGUUCUAAGUAUCUCAGCGCCCUCAGCGGCACCAACGACGUUGGUGGUUCCUCAGACGAGCCGAAGUAUAUCGGCACCUACGGCUUCUGAAUACAAUCGACAG